AUGGACUUGCUGUUGAACAUGACGGAUUACUACCCUUCCGUUAACGCCACUAACGGCUCCGGUUUGAACGACAAAGAAGACUAUAACCAGUUCGUGCAGCCGGUGUGGCAGAUCGCUCUUUGGGCAGUCGCCUACUGCAGCAUGGUGUGCAUCUCCAUGAUCGGUAACCUGGUGGUCAUCUGGAUCAUCCUCGCGCACAAACGCAUGAGGACCGUGACCAACUAUUUCCUGGUGAACCUAGCCUUUGCAGAGGCGUCCAUGUCUGCCUUCAACACAGUGAUAAACUUUGCCUACAGUGUUCAUAACGAGUGGUACUUUGGUUUGGGCUACUGUCGCUUCCAUAACUUCUUCCCCAUCGCAGCUGUCUUCGCCAGCAUAUACUCCAUGACCGCCAUAGCACUGGACAGAUACAUGGCUAUCAUCCACCCCUUGAGGCAGAGGUUGUCUUCGACAGAGACCCGUGUAGUGAUCGGAGUGAUCUGGGUGUUAGCUCUACUGUUGGCCUUCCCCCAGUACUACUACUCAGCUACAGAACAGCUGCCUGGUAGGACUGUCUGCUACAUCCAAUGGCCCGACUACACCAACAACACAACCAUGGACUUCAAGAAGAUGUACUAUUUGUCUGUGGUGUUGCUGUACUAUUUCCUGCCGCUGUGCAUUAUGGGAUGUGCCUACCUGGCGGUGGGCUUGUCCCUGUGGGCGGGGACUAUCCCUGGAGACUCCACCCACCGCUACCGAGAACAGCUCAUCGCCAAACGCAAGGUCGUGAAGAUGAUGAUCGUGGUGGUGUGUACGUUUGCAGUGUGCUGGCUGCCGUACCACAUCUACUUCCUGCUCCAGCAGUUCCACCCUGACCCCAUGCAGCUGUUUGAGUGGCGCUACAUUCAACAGGUCUACCUGGCUGUCAUGUGGUUGGCCAUGAGCUCCACCAUGUACAACCCUAUCAUCUACUGCUGUCUCAACGACAGGUUCAGAGCAGGCUUUCAGCAGGUGUUCUGUUGGUGUCCGUGUGUUCCUGCAGGCUCCUACGAGGGACUGGAACUCAAGUCCACCAGCUACCUACAAACUCAGGUGAGUGUGUACCGAGCCAGCCGGACGGAGACCAGUGUGUCGACGGUUCUGCAGCCCACUGAGGAGGAGUGCUGUGGGGCCGAGUUGCCAGCUAGCCCCCCUAUCAGCCAGACAACUCUGGAGCUCACCUCCAUGGACUCACAAUCUGCCCCAAACACCCCCGACAGCCCUGUUUUUUUGCGGCAGACGCAACAUGGAUUAGUAGCUUAA